AUGGGCAACCCAUUCGACUCCAUAAUAGACGCAGUAAUUAGGGGAGAAAAUAUACCGAUCCCUAAUCGCUUUGAUGGCAGAGGCGUGACUCCGGGUAUUUAUGGCAUGCUAGGCGGACGCAACGAUCUUUCCUUCAUAAACGAGGAUGUUUCUUCGCGUGAUUUGGGCAACAAUUUCAACUCUGUAAACAGCCGCAUGUUCGUGAAUGGGAAAUUUUGCAAGGAUUUGGAAGAUUCCAAGGCUGAAGAUUUCUUCUUUUCAGGGCUCCAAAAUCCUGGAAAUACAGACAAUUCAGUUGGGUCAAAUGUUACUAUUGUGAAUGUGGAAAAAAUACCGGGCCUCAACACUCUAGGCAUAUCUUUGGCUCGCAUUGACUUUGCAACAUAUGGCGAAAAUCCUCCCCACACUCACCCUCAUGGCACUGAGAUUCUGGUAGUCAUAGAAGGUACCCUAUUAGUUGGUUUUGUCACGUCCAACCCCGAGAACCGCCUUUUCACCAAAGUUCUAAACAAGGGAGAUGUCUUUGUGUUUCCAAUUGGUCUCAUUCACUUCCAGUUCAAUGUGGGACACACCAAUGCUAUAGCCAUUUUUGGUCUAAGUAGCCAAAAUUCAGGUGUCAACACGAUAGCGGACGCCAUUUUUGGAUCUGAUCCUCCUAUCAAUCCUGAUGUUCUCAGCAAGGCCUUCCAACUUGACAAAAAUAUUGUUGAAUAUCUUCAAAAGAAGUUCUAAUGGGACAACAUUUAGAGAA